AUGGGAAGGAGGUGCAGGACAUAUUCCUAUUUCUGGGCAUCCUUCCUAACUGGUGCUUCUCUUCCAAGAAGAAGAAGAAGAAGAAGAAGAAAAGAAGAAGAAGAAGAAGAAGAAGAAGAAGAGGAGGAGGAGGAGGAGGAGGAGGAGGGGGAGGAGGAGGAGGAGGAGGAGAAGAAGAAGAAGAAGAAGAAGAAGAAGAAGAAGAAGAAGAAGAAGAAAGCACAAUUCAACACAACUUUAUCAGAGAUAAUGGUGGCUUGGAAGUUGGGGGCUGAGAAGUGUUCUUGUGACCCACAAACCAGGGACUCCAAGUGUGCAGCAGAGGACCCUGAUGAAGAUGAGGUUCAGGCCAUUUCCUUGGAGAGAGACUUCCCUUACUGCAAUCAG